AAGAAAUCAUCGCUGUUUAGCGUUUACGACGUCGGCGAGAUUCUAAGAUUAAAGCUGCUCGUAUUCCUCCGUCACCCACGGUUAUUCUUCCUCGCCGGUGCAUGGGAUCACCGUUAAUCCCCCACUUCUAGGGCACAAUUUUUUUUCUUUCUUUUUUUCAGAUUCCAAACCAAUGGCUUCGUGGCUGAAAGCUGCAGAAGAUCUAUUUGAAGUUGUUGAUCGAAGAGCAAAGCUGGUUGUUGGCGAACUGGCAGAUGAGCAAUCUGAUUCUCAGCCACCUGCUUCUAAUGCACAAGGUUCUCAAGCGAAAAGAAAAAAAACAAGGCCAAGAAUUGCGGCUCAAAAGCAACUCUCAUCAAAUGAAUCUCAGAAAACAAUCCAUGCUACGUCUGAACAAGCAAAUUCUGGAGUAUCAAGCUCAGACUUGAGACCUGAUAAAGAGAGGGCUACUCUUUCUUCUGAACAUGAGGGGACUCCCACUCCAAAGUCUUCUGUCCAGACAAGCAGUGAACAGUCUGGUGAUAAUGAAAGAGAUGUAAUUCAAGUUCCCUUAUCAGAGCCAUUGCAAAAAGAUACAAUUAAACAUGAUGAUGAUCAGUUAGAAGUCUCUGCAUCCGUUAGCAGUGCUGAAGCUAUUAUGUCAACUUCAAAUGGCAAGCUUCUAAAUGAGAAUGCUUCAGAUGUCCUUGAAGAUCACCCAGCUUCACUGUUACCUACCAAAGAAAUUGAGGUCAUUAGUGAAGAUCAUCAAAAUGAUUCUGGCCAAAAUAUCAAAUUGGACAACGCAGAUGUACGUUCAAAGAGUGUCCAAGAAAUAUCACAAUCUGUAAUUAGUGAUUCUCCUGUUAAAAGUGAAGAUCAGAUAAAAGAUGCAGACAUUAAAAUUGAAUCUCCAGUCAAUCAAAAGAAGACACAGGAGGAUAUACUUGAUACUCAGCCUGUGAGAGUACAGGACCAACUUGAAGAGGCACAAGGACUGCUUAAUACCACAAAUUCCACUGGUCAGUCAAAAGAGGCAAGGCUAGCUCGGGUUUGUGCUGGACUCUCAUCUCGUCUUCAAGAAUAUAAAUCUGAGAAUGCACAGCUGGAGGAACUGCUCAUUGCAGAGAGAGAGCUAACUAAAUCAUAUGAGGCUCGCAUAAAGCAGUUACAGCAAGAUUUAUUUACAUCUAAAAGUGAACUGACAAAAGUAGAAGUAAACAUGGCUGAGGCUUUGGCAGCAAAGAACUCUGAAAUUGAGGCACUGAUCAGUUCUAUGGAUGCACUCAAGAAACAGGCUGCAUUAUCUGAAGGAAACCUGGCAUCACUUCAGGUGAACAUGGACUCUAUCAUGAGGAACAGAGAGUUAACAGAGACAAGGAUGAUGCAGGCUCUGAGGGAGGAGCUGGCUUCUGCUGAAAGGAGAGCAGAAGAAGAACGUGCUGCACAUAAUGCUACAAAAAUGGCUGCCAUGGAAAGGGAAGUGGAAUUGGAGCACAGAGCAGUUGAGGCAUCCACAGCCCUUGCCCGGAUCCAGAGAGUUGCAGAUGAGAGGACAGCAAAAGCAGCAGAGCUUGAACAAAAGGUGGCACUGCUUGAGGUUGAAUGUGCAACAUUAAAUCAAGAAUUGCAAGAUAUGGAAUCUCGUGCUCGCCGCGGACAAAAGAAGUCCCCUGAAGAAGCAAACCAGAUGGUUCAGAUGCAGGCAUGGCAGGAAGAAGUUGAACGUGCACGCCAUGGUCAAAGAGAAGCAGAAAGCAAGCUUUCAUUAUUGGAGGCAAAAUUGCAAAAAAUGAGGGUUGAAAUGGCUGCCAUGAAAAGGGAUGCUGAGCAUUAUUCGCGUCAGGAGCAUAUGGAGCUUGAGAAACGUUACCGUGAACUAACUGAUCUGUUGUACUACAAACAAACUCAGUUAGAAACCAUGGCUAGUGAAAAAGCGGCAGCAGAGUUUCAGUUAGAGAAGGAAAUAAAACGUCUUCAGGAAGCACAGAUUGAGGUGGAAAGAAGUAGGGUCUCACGUCGUCCGUCAUCUUCAUGGGAAGAAGACACUGAAAUGAAGGCACUUGAGCCCCUUCCUUUGCAUCAUCGUCACAUGGCUGCAGCAAGCAUUCAGUUACAGAAGGCAGCAAAAUUAUUGGAUUCAGGGGCUGUCCGGGCCACAAGAUUUCUUUGGCGAUAUCCAACAGCUCGAGUAAUCUUGCUUUUCUAUCUCGUGUUUGUACAUCUCUUCUUGAUGUAUUUGUUACAUCGCCUUCAGGAACAAGCGGACAUUUUUUCUGCUAGACAAGAUGCUGCAACUAUGGGUUUACCUUGAUUCAGGCAAACGACAAGUCAUAGUUAGUGCCAAGGAGGUUUACAAAAUGCUUGAUUCAAUCUGCAUACAGUUUUCAUUUACAGAUAUAGAGUAUUUUCAGAAAACGAAGCAAAUUAUAAAAUAUGGAGAACAUGGAUGGUGAAUUUGAUGACUUUGUUCAUUCACAAUUAUCCAGGGAAUCUGUUAAAACCUGGAGAAAUGGCUGCAGUUUGGAAAACGCUCACUCAGAUCCUGCAAGCAGCUGUUGACAGUCAUAUAUAUACCAUCAAACGUUUUUUCUUGUGUUGAAUUUGAUAGUCCUUUUUGACGCAGAAAUGAAAUAUCAAAAAUUUGGAACGAUCAUAUUGUAUACAUCAAGAGCUACUUCCCUGGUAAAUGAAAUAUUUUUUGAUAAAGUUUCGGCAUUGCGUUCUUGACUCUGUAAUUGUAGGCUGCUACUUCGACA